CGCCUCCCUGUCGCAUCCCGGGCCGGGGCCGAGGAUGCGCCGUGGGGUCCCGCGGCGUGGGCUGGAGCGAGGAGGGGGCUACGGGGGGGGCUGAGGAGCCACCAUGGCCCGCCACGAGCCCGCCAGCCCGGUGGUGCGGCAGAUCGACCAGCAGUUCCUGGUCUGCAGCAUCUGCCUCGACCGCUACCGCAACCCCAAGGUGCUGCCCUGCCUGCACACCUUCUGCGAGAGGUGCCUGCAGAACUACAUCCCGGCCCAGAGCCUGUCCCUGUCGUGUCCUGUGUGCCGCCAGACCUCGAUCCUGCCUGAGCGGGGGGUCCCGGCGCUGCCCAACAACUUCUUCAUCACCAACCUGAUGGAGGUGCUGCAGCGGGACCCCGACCCCCACGGGGCCCCCCCUGCGCCCCUGCCCCCCCUGGGCGCUGCCACCGGGCAGCCCCUUUGCUGCCCCAACCACGAGGGAAAGGUGAUGGAGUUCUACUGCGAGACCUGCGAGACAGCCAUGUGCCGGGAGUGCACGGAGGGGGAGCGGCGGGAGCACCGCGACCACCACACGGUGCCGCUGCGGGAUGUGCUGGAGCAGCACAAGGCGGCCCUGCAGCACCAGCUCGAUGCCGUGCGCGCCAGGCUCCCGCAGCUGGCAGCGGCCGUGGGGCUGGUGGCCGAGAUCAGCCGGCAGCUGGGGCAGCGCCGGGCCGAGGCCGAGGCCGAGAUCGGGAGCAGCUUCGAGGAGCUGGAGGCGGCUCUGCGGCAGCGGCGGGAGGUGCUGCUGCGCGACCUGGAGGCCACCUGUGCUGCCAAGCAGCAGGUGCUGGAGGCGCAGCUGGAGGUGCUGCGGCAGGGCCAGGAGAGCAUCCUGAGCAGCUGCGCGUUCACGGAGCAGGCGCUGCACCACGGCUCGGCCACAGAGGUGCUGCUGGUGCAGAAGCAGAUGGGCGAGCGGCUGCGGGAGCUGGCGGCACGGCCCUUCCCUGAGCACCCGCAGGAGAACGCGCAGCUCGAGUUCCGCGCCGAGCCCGAGGGGCUGCGCCGCUCCAUCCAGAACCUGGGCGCGCUGCUGACCACCAGCGCCACGGCGCACACCACGGUGGCCACGGGCGAGGGGCUGCGCCAGGCCGUGGUGGGGCAGCCCUGCUCGCUCAGCGUCACCACCAAGGACAAGGACGGGGCACUGGUGCGCAGCGGCGGCGCCCGCCUGCGCUUUGCCGUGACGGGCCCCGACGGCGCCGCGGCCGAGGCUGAGGUGCAGGACAACCGCAACGGCACCUACGAGCUGGUGUACACGCCGCGCACCGAGGGCGACUUCGUGCUGUCCAUCCUGCUGUACGGGCAGCCCGUGCGCGGCUCCCCCUUCCGCGCCCGUGCCCUGCGUCCUGGCGACGUGCCCCCGUCCCCUGAGGAGGCCAAGCGCCGCGUCAAGUCCCCGGGCGGGGGGCACGUGCGGCAGAAAGCCCUGCGCCGCCCCGCCAGCAUGUACGGCAGCGCCAAGCGCAAGGAGAACCCCAUCGAGGACGAGCUCAUCUUCCGCGUCGGCAGCCGCGGCCGGGAGAAGGGCGAGUUCACAAACCUGCAGGGGAUCUCCACGUCCAGUGCCGGCCGCAUCGUUGUGGCUGACAGCAACAACCAGUGUGUGCAGGUGUUCAGUAACGAGGGGCAGUUCCGGCUGCGUUUCGGGGUGCGGGGGCGCUCCCCUGGGCAGCUCCAGCGCCCCACGGGGGUCUCUGUGGACACCAAUGGUGACAUCAUCGUGGCCGACUACGACAACCGCUGGGUCAGUGUGUUCUCACCUGAGGGCAAGUUCAAGACGAAGCUGGGUGCAGGGCGGCUGAUGGGCCCCAAGGGUGUCGCCGUAGACCGCAAUGGGCACAUCAUCGUGGUGGACAACAAGGCCUGUUGUGUCUUCAUCUUCCAGCCCAAUGGGAAGCUGGUGGCGCGUUUCGGCUCCCGCGGCACCGCCGAGCGCCAGUUUGCAGGGCCCCACUUUGUGGCUGUCAACAACAAGAACGAGAUCGUGGUGACUGACUUCCACAACCACUCAGUGAAGGUGUACAACGCAGAGGGCGAGUUCCUGUUCAAGUUUGGGUCGCACGGGGAGGGCAACGGGCAGUUCAACGCGCCCACGGGGGUGGCUGUGGACAGCAACGGCAACAUCAUCGUGGCCGACUGGGGCAACAGCCGCAUCCAGGUGUUUGACAGCGCAGGCUCGUUCCUGUCCUACAUCAACACGGCGGCCGACCCGCUGUACGGACCGCAGGGGCUGGCACUCACCUCCGAUGGCCACGUGGUCGUGGCUGACUCGGGCAACCACUGCUUCAAGGCCUAUCGCUACCUGCAGUGAUGGCCGGACCGCGGGGAUGCCACGGCAGGACGGGCCCACGGUGCCCCGAGGGACGGCUGCCCCCGGCCUCGCUGCCCCCACGCGCCGCCCCGGCUUCAUGUGCACUUUAUCCUGGGGGGCGGCCGGGCCUGGGGGACGAGGAUGGGUCCCAUGGGGCGGGGGCUGCCUGGGGGUCACGAUCUGACCCCUCCUCCUGGAGCCCCAAUGCCCUGGCUGAUGGGGGUCCCCAAGGUGCGGGGGGGUGUGUGGGGCAGGGGGAGCCAUGG